UUGUUCUCCCCUCAACCAGGACGAAGAAGAGGAGAUCAAGCAGGAGAUCAACAUGCUGAAGAAGUACUCCCACCACCGCAACAUUGCCACCUACUACGGGGCGUUUGUGAAGAAGAGCCCCCCCGGGAAUGACGACCAGCUCUGGCUGGUGAUGGAGUUCUGUGGUGCCGGCUCCGUGACCGACCUGGUGAAGAACACCAAGGGCAACGCCCUCAAGGAGGACUGCAUCGCCUACAUCUGCAGGGAGAUCCUCCGGGGCCUGGCCCAUCUCCAUGCGCACAAGGUGAUCCACCGGGACAUCAAGGGCCAGAACGUCCUCCUCACGGAGAACGCCGAGGUGAAGCUGGUUGAUUUUGGGGUCAGUGCCCAGCUGGACCGCACGGUGGGUCGGAGGAACACCUUCAUUGGCACCCCGUACUGGAUGGCGCCCGAAGUGAUUGCCUGCGAUGAGAACCCUGACGCCACCUACGACUACAGGAGCGAUAUCUGGUCCCUGGGGAUCACUGCCAUUGAGAUGGCCGAGGGAGCGCCACCCCUGUGCGACAUGCAUCCCAUGCGGGCGCUCUUCCUCAUCCCCCGGAACCCCCCGCCCAAGUUGAAGUCCAAGAAAUGGUCCAAGAAGUUCAUUGACUUCAUCGACAACUGCCUGAUCAAGGCCUACACCAGCCGGCCCUCGACGGAGCAGCUCCUCAAGUUCCCCUUCAUCCGGGACCAGCCCACCGAGCGGCAGGUCCGCAUCCAGCUCAAGGACCACAUUGACCGCACCCGGAAGAAGAGGGGGGAGAAAGAUGAGACGGAGUACGAAUACAGCGGCAGCGAGGAGGAGGACGAGGGGCGCGGCGAGGAAGGGGAGCCCAGCUCCAUCAUGAACGUCCCCGGGGAGUCCACGCUCCGGAGGGAGUUCCUGCGCCUGCAGCAGGAGAACAAGAGCAACUCGGAGGCUCUGAAGCAGCAGCAGCAGCAACUGGCCGCCCAGCACCGCGACUCGGAGGCCCACAUCAAGCACCUCUUGCACCAGCGCCAGAGGCGCAUCGAGGAGCAGAAGGAGGAGCGCCGCCGCGUCGAGGAGCAACAGCGCCGUGAGCGGGAGCAGCGGAAGAUGCAGGAGAAGGAGCAGCAGCGGCGCCUGGAGGACAUGCAGGUCAUGCGCCGCGAGGAGGAGCGCCGCCAGGCCGAGAGGGAGCAGGAGUAUAUCAGGCACAAGUUGGAGGAGGAGCAGAGGCAGCUGGAGAUCCUGCAGCAGCAGCUCCUCCAGGAACAAGCCCUCCUUCUGGAGUACAAGCGGAAGCAGCUGGAGGAGCAGCGGCAGUCGGAGCGCCUCCAGCGCCAACUCCAGCAGGAGCAUGCCUACCUGAAGUCCCUGCAGCAGCAGCAGCAACAACAACAGCAGCAGCAGCAACAGCAGCAACAACAACAGCUUCACAAGCAGCAGCAGCAGGAGAAGAAGUCCCUUUACCACUACAACCGCAGCACCAACCCCACAGAGAAGCCCACCUGGGCACGAGAGGUGGAGGAGCGGACGCGCAUGAACAAGCAGAAUGCGGCCUCCCCGGUGGCCAAGACCAAGAUGGGGGCCUCAGAGGGCGCUGCACCCCCUUCUUCCCGCGCGGAGUCCGUGUCGCUCAACUCCUCCCCGGCCUCCCAGACCCCUCCCAUGCAGCGCCCCGUUGAGCCCCAGGAGGGGCAGCACAAGAGCCACCUGGCCCACCGCGUCCCGCUCAAGCCCUACGCCGCCCCCGUCCCUCGCUCCCAGUCGCUGCAGGACCAGCCCACCAAGAACAUGGCCGCUUUCCCUGUCCAUGACUCCUCCUCCUCCGCCUCCUCCGCCUCUUCCUCCUCCGCCCCCUCCCCGCCUCGGGCGGCCAUGAUCCGGCAGAACUCCGACCCCACCUCCGAGGGGCCCGCCCCGCAGCCGUCGCGGCCCAGUGCCGAGCAGAGAGGACCCUGGGUCAAAAUGGAGGCCGAGCCCCCGCCCAAGGUUCCCCAGCGCACCUCCUCCAUCGCCACCGCCCUCAACACCAGCGGAGCCGGGGGCGGAAGCAGCGGAGUCGGGAUCCGGCCAGCCCACGCUGUCCGAGCCAGCAACCCCGACCUACGGAGGAGCGACCCAGGCUGGGAGCGCACGGAUAGCCUGCUGCAGUCUGGGGGGGCCCACUUGCCACAGCCGGGGUCGCUGGAGCGCAACCGGGUUGGAGGCCCCUUGAAGCUGGACAGCUCUCCCAUUCUGCCUCCAGGGAACAAAGCCAAGGCCGCCGAAGACCACCGGUCCCGACCAGGCCGGCCAGCGAGCUAUAAGCGGGCCAUUGGCGAGAACUUUGUGCUGCUGAAGGAGCGCCCGGAAGAGGCGGCCCCGAAGCCCCUCAAGAAGGCCAUGGACUACUCCUCCUCCAGCGAGGAGCUGGACUCCAGCGAAGAGGAAGAGGAGGAGGAGGAGGAGCGCUCCGAGCCUGGGACAGACACGACGGGGACUCGGGACGGUGACACAGACUCCGUGAGCACGAUGGUGGUGCAUGACGUGGAGGACUUGGCGGGGAGCAGCGGUGGUGGCGGAGGCAGCGGGGGCUCUGAGAGUUCGUACGGCGAGGGCACCAUGUUGGUCCAGCGGACCCCCGACGAGGAGCGUGGCCUCAUGCACAGCGACAGCAACGGCUACACCAACCUCCCAGACGUGGUGCAGCCCAGCCACUCUCCCACCGAGGCCAAGAGCAGCAGCAACGGCUCCUCCUCGCCCGCCAAGGACGCCGCCACCGACUACCAGUCACGCGGUCUGGUCAAGGCCCCAGGGAAGAGCUCCUUCACCAUGUUUGUGGACCUGGGCAUCUACCAGAGCUCCAUGAGCGGCGGAGACACCAUCCCCAUCACYGCCUUUGAUGCGGGGCGCCUGGAACAGCUUCAGCUAGAGGCCCGGAAGGGCUCAGUGGUCAACGUCAACCCCACCAACACCAGGCCACACAGUGACACGCCGGAGAUCCGCAAGUACAAGAAGCGCUUCAACUCGGAGAUCCUGUGUGCCGCCCUUUGGGGGGUCAACCUCCUGGUGGGGACGGAGAAUGGCCUGAUGCUGCUGGACCGCAGCGGUCAAGGCAAGGUGUACAGCCUUAUCAACCGGCGCCGCUUCCAGCAGAUGGAUGUCCUGGAGGGGCUCAACCUGCUGACCACCAUCUCCGGGAAGAGGAACAAGCUCCGCGUGUACUACCUCUCCUGGCUGCGCAACAAGAUCCUGCACAACGACCCAGAAGUGGAGAAGAAGCAGGGCUGGACCACGGUGGGCGACAUGGAGGGCUGCGUUCACUACCGUGUAGUGAAAUAUGAACGGAUCAAGUUCCUGGUCAUCGCGCUCAAGAACUCGGUGGAGGUUUACGCCUGGGCCCCAAAGCCCUACCACAAGUUCAUGGCCUUCAAGUCCUUUGCUGACCUGCCUCACCGGCCGCUGCUGGUAGAGCUGACCGUGGAGGAGGGCCAGCGGCUGAAGGUCAUCUACGGCUCCUGCGCCGGCUUCCAUGCCAUCGACGUGGACUCAGGAAACAACUACGACAUCUACAUCCCUGUACAUAUCCAGUCCCAGAUCACGCCGCACGCCAUCAUCUUCCUGCCGAACACGGAUGGGAUGGAGGUGCUGCUGUGCUACGAGGACGAGGGCGUCUACGUCAACACCUAUGGGCGCAUCAUCAAGGACGUGGUCCUGCAGUGGGGGGAGAUGCCCACCUCCGUCGCCUACAUCUGCUCCAACCAGAUCAUGGGCUGGGGAGAGAAAGCCAUUGAGAUCCGCUCGGUGGAGACGGGCCACCUGGACGGGGUCUUCAUGCACAAGCGGGCCCAGCGCCUCAAGUUCCUCUGCGAGCGCAACGACAAGGUGUUCUUUGCCUCGGUGCGGUCCGGGGGCAGCAGCCAGGUGUACUUCAUGACCCUGAACAGGAACUGCAUCAUGAACUGGUGAAAGGGGCGGGGCGUAGCCCCUCCCCUCCCUCCCCCCUUGCCAAGGGAGGAAGACGAGGGGGGCAGACGUACCCCGCCCCUCUUUCCCUCGGCUGCCAUUUUGGGAAGGAGACGCCCCCCCCAACGCGCCCUGCCUGCCUUGCUCUUCUCUCUUUGACCCCAUUUCAGGGCAUAUUUGGGGGGGGGCACCCUUUGACCCCUGGGAGGAGGACCACCCCCCAUUUUGGGUAGCCAUUUUGGGGGGAGACCCUCUGAGGUCACGACCUGUUCCCCCUCCCACCCUCCCUCCUCACCACCAUCAUCCCAGAAUGCCUCAGCAGGAGGAUCAAAGCCAAAUCAUGUAAAUAAAUAGGCAAAACGUUGGGGGGGGGCUGCUUCAUCGGACGGAUCCCCCCCCCCCCCCGCAUCCAUCAAAUCAGAGGGAACCCUCCUCUCUCUCUCUCCCAUUUUAUCAACUUGGCAGUGAGGCUCAUUGGGGAGGGGGCUGCCAAGGUAUUGCCUUUGGGGGAGGAAGGGAAGUCCUGCCCCUUUAAGGAGACCCCCUCCUCUUCCUCCUCCUUGCCCCCCCCCCCAUCUUUAGCACAAUCCCCUCCCCCCAAUUCACCCCAAAUGGCACACACUCAAAGUGCAGCAAGAGCGCAAACACAAAGUGAGGCUGCUCUUGAGUCCCCGUACCCCCCCCCCCUGCCCCGACGCCCCUUCCCAGCUCCACGGGCUUUGCAAAUGCUCCGCCCCUUCCCCGACCCCCCCAUGAGCAUGUGAUGCGUUUCCCCCCUUUUGCCCCCCUCCCCCCCCAUUGCAGCUCAUGGGGCGACGAUGUCUGUGGAUGUAUAUCAGAAUCAUUCUCCUCCGCGCCCCCCCCCCAAUUCCCCGUCGCAAGAGGGGGGGCGCCGAGUUGUGUAUAUUUUGCUUUCAUGAUCAUUCUUUUGUAAUUGCGGUUGGAGAGUCAUUAACUAACAAAGCACUUUAACGGCCCAGAGGGAGGGGGGGAGGGGGCAUGGGGGGGGGAGAGCCAUCAGCACUUAGGCCUUGAUUUGUGUGACAGCCCCCCCCCACAACCCCCCAAGGGUCAGCAGGUGCAGCCAUGUUGGGGAGGGGGGCGCUACAUUGGGCACCCACCCCCACUGUCCCCUACAAAGGGGGGUGGUCCUGCGUCCCGCCAUCUGCCCGGCCUUCGAUGGGGAGACCCCCCCCCCUUUUCCUGGGCGACUUGGUUUCUU